AUGAGUUACAACAACAAUUACCGUCGUUACAAUGGGAAUCCGAAUCACUUUUCCCAGCCAAGUCCAAGUGAUAGAGGUCGCCAAUACAAUCAGUACAACAACUUUUACAUUGCUCCACCACCUGCACCACCAAGUUUGGUGCCUCCUCGUGUAGAUAAUGGACGAGAUUAUCGAAGAAGAAGCGAUUAUCAGAAUUACAGUGAAGCUGCAGGAUAUCAAGGAGCUCCAUACCAACAAGAUCGACUCAAUCGUUCAGAGCAUGCCGAAGUUUUGACUUGUGGGAGACAAAACGAAGACAAUCGAAAACGCAGAAGAUACGACCAAAGUCAGAAUGUAAGUCUAUUUUAUGGUACAUCAUUUUUUAGAAUUCCUUUUCAUCUGAUCGCAGUUUUGGAGUUAAACGAGAUCAAGGAGAUGUUCUCAGACGUCAGAGUUACCAAAGGAAUCAGGAGCCUGUAAAGUGAGUAUCUUCACAAUUUCUGAGCUCAGCAUAAAAUAGUAAUUUGUGGUGGUAUUUUAGCUUUUAAAUGUUGUUGUGAAAAAAAAGUUUAUUAAUUUUAACAAAAGUACAGUAAAAUUUAUUUCAGACGGUUGGAGAAGUACGAUCUUCCUUAUGAUUGUGAAGACGAAUGCACAGAAGAAGAGCUAAGGUACUAUUUGAAUAUUACAGAAGAAGAAGUGCCUGUUUAUGCAUUGAGGAUGAGAAAAAUGGGCAUUGAAGGGUACCCUCCAGCUUUUGUGGAUAGGUAAUGUAUCAUUAUAUUUUAGGUAUUAAAGUUUAGUGGUUUAUUUAUUAAAAUGUUUGUUUUUGUUAAUUUAAGUUACUAACUGAUGUAUUUUAGUUGUGUUAAAGUGAGUAACACCUUGCCUUUCUUUGGUGACGAGGACAUCUUUACAAAACGGGUAAUAAAGGCAGAAGAUUUGAUUCCAAUCAAAGGCUACACUCAUGUGGACGGAGACCAGGUGUCUGAAGACUUUGCGAAGUGCAUGCAACACAUUGCUGAUUACGAUUACAAACAAAGCCACUCUGAAGUUGUUAAAAAAGCCAAGCAAGCCGGACUGAACUUGGAUACUAGUCGGACUGAGGUAGUUGAGGAACGAAAAGUCAUGGGUAAGGUUUUUACAUAAAAUGACAUGCUGUAUUAUUAUAAUUUACAUUUUUUUCAUAAAAAAUUGUAAAGCUUUUCAUUAAUUAUCUUUGUUUUCAGAAGAGACUCGGUUUGAAAUACCAGCUUACGAUUUAAGUUUUGACGAUGGCUAUUCGUUUGGAGAACGGACGAAGGAGAUGAAACACAACUUAGAAGGCUUCCGAGACGGUAAGGUUUUACUGUUUUUUGAAAAAAGUGGAAUUUUACAGUUUAUAAAAUUAACGCAAUAUAUAAAAGAUAUUUUUGAAGUUUAACUCUACAUUUUCAUUUGUUAGAGUUUUUAUUUAAGAUUUUUACUAUGAUUAAAAUUUUCUAUUAAACAAAAUAAAUUCUUUGUAACCAAUUUAAAGGUAAAAUAAUAAUAACCUAUUGUUGUUUUAGGUAUCCAACCGUUCGUUGCUCCCGAACCGAACGUCCCCAGCAACUUCAUGAUAAAGUUGAGAACUUUGAUGAAGGAAUCUGGAUCUAAGAAGGAAAAUGGGACGAAGUCCGCCGCUUGUGAAGAAUAA